UAUCUUGGGACAAUUAUACUUGUUACAUGCAUUUACAAUUGACGGGUUUCUGUAACAUACAAAAAAAAAGAGAAUGGAAAAAGUGGAGAUGCCGGGGAUUGAACCCGGGGCCUCAUACAUGCAAAGCAUGCGCUCUACCACUGAGCUACAUCCCCUCCUCUCAUACACGUGAAAUAUUACCUAAAUGAAAUGACUACCUAAAUCUCGAUUUUACAAUUGAAUACACCAAAUACACAUCGUUUACACAUUUUAUGAGGUUUAACCAGUACACGUGCUGCACCCAAAUAUAAAAACAUUUUGCUGCUAAUGGAUUUACAUAAUUCGCAUUUGUUAACACACUUCCGCAUGCAGUGACAACAUUACGUUACACUUUCGGAAGUUCCUUGCUCGAGUCGUCACAUUUCACAUCCUCCAAUAGCGAAACAAAAACAUUUACACACAUACCAUAGCUAGUAUUUACAUUUAACAACGUUACAUCUUGUUAUCCCGGAUGCAUGUUUGAUUGACAGCAACUUACAGACGGAAUUGCUCAUAAAUGACUGUAAACUCUUCUUCACGUGUUUUGUUUGGGCGGCACAGGCAUUCAGUUAGCUUGCUAAACCCCGCACAUGUUUAACUUACUCGACUGUUCCCGUUUUUUUUCAUGGACGAGCUUUAUAACGUUACUCUUUUGUGAAAACCUCCGUCAUCACAAAAAUGACUUAAGGUGAUGCAGAACAAUGGCGGACAUUAUUACUGUCAGCUCGGGCAGCGACGACGACGACUCCGACAUAAUGCUUAUAGGCAGCUACAAAGAAGCCAAAGAAGACGCCGUGCCGUUUAUCCGACAAGAAUGGCUCCCAGUUACACCAGUCCUCAUCGAUAUCACACACCAAAAGUUGGUCUCUUCCAUUCGAAAAGGAUUAAAUAGAGAUCAUAUUUCCCCCUUAGUUAUCGAUCUUACAGAUAUUGACUUGGGACCGCAGGAUUCAUCCCAGGUUCUGCCAUCAAUAGAUGCCAUAUACAAGCACGUGGGAUACCCUAUACAUCCAAUAACAACAUCUUUUGGAAAAGCUGAACAAUCUGAAUGUCCGAUCAACAAUAAUGGAAAAGAUGUAGCCAGUUCAGAAUGUAGCCAGGACAGUGUGCAGUCUGCAAACGAAAGGACUUUUGAAAGUUCAUCUGAAGUAUUGAAAGACUCUGUUGCAGUAUCACAGAACACUGAAGAGACACAACUCUCACCGACUGGGUGCAGCGUAAGAGCAGACCAAGAAAAGGAAAAAAAGAUUGAUUCUUCACAAAUACAGGAUUACCGUAUUCACUCUCCUUACAGCCUUGAUAGUCCAUAUUACUGUCCAAGUGAAGUAGAUGCUGUUCUUUUCUCUGAUGAAUCCAAUAAUGACACCACCUUCAAAACAUGGUACAGCCCGCGGUCACCUCAAAUCUGUCAACUUGAAAUUCAUACUGGAUUACAGUCAACGGAGGACGGUGCGACUGUAAAUACUGGCGACAACAAAGACGUAACUCAAAUGUCGGCAACCCAGAUUCCGCCUUCAUCCCCCUCCACGCCUUCCUCACUGGGCGUAUCGCCCUGUAACCCUGAACGUGCACCCAAACAGAAUCAAUCCAGCAAACCAAACAGUCCCACCUCUACAGAGAUUCUCGCCAGUGACACAGAGGCACACUCACCUGGUUUGUCAACAUGGAGCUUAUCAAGCAGCAACUUCACCUUUCCCGUCUCCCUCCCUUCCUCGCCAACUUUGUUAGAUGUGGCGUCCCGGGAAAACUCCCCAACUAGACUUGGGCAGAUAAGCAUUGGUGAAGAGCAUGAAGAUGAUAACGGGGAGUCAAAUGUUUCUGAAGAAAACACACAACAUAUAUGUCUGGCUCAGUUCAGAAAACUGAGGCAGUGUGUGGUUGGCACGGUUUCACACAUGCUUGAAGAUGGAGAAAAUGAUGAAGACUUUGGUUCUCCUGAACCACUUUGUCGACAGAGCCUCAGCUUGGUUUACAGCACCAUUGAGGAGAAUUACCCAGAGGGCACUCUUCAGCUUCUGGGUGACUUCAUUCAGCCUCGAUACUACCCACCUGUGGGUAUCACCACACAUCUACUCAGGGGGAUUUUCUUGGACACACAAAGUCCUUAUGUCCUAGCCAUAGAGGCCUAUAACCUGCUGAUGAAGAUACAGAGAUAUCACCCUGCGGAUAAAGCAACGAUCCCGUGGGAUUGGGAACUGCUGUCGUCGGUUAUGGAGGAAAAGGAUGACACUAAGAGGUUACGGAUGGAGGUUCGCUGCAUGCUGCUGCAGUAUGUGUUGCAGGUUUUAGAAGAUGAUUUUCAGUUUAAACUCACAAAUCGGCAUCUUCAAGACUCCGUUGCAAAGGCAAUGCUUUCUUGUGACCAAAGGUUCAGACGUGUCAAGGAUGUAAUAAAUUGGAUAAUGAAUGCUGUUAAGGAACCAGUACACUACUCAGAAGAUGUGGAAUAUCCAAAGAGAGAGAGCAACAACUGUCUUAAGAUUGUAUUGUCACUUCAGAGGAUGUUGACAUUGGCCCUGGAGGUGGACAAGGCCCCCCCUCGCAAUUCAAACAAACUUUCACAAGAACUCUUCCAAAAUCUUCACACACUGUCACCAUGCAGGCAGAGAAGACUCUUAUUUUUAAGCACUUUGGAGAGCAAACUGCUGAGAUGUGAAUUAUUGGACAUGCUGUUGGAUGACGCUUGUUCUCAGAAGAGCACCUUGCCUAUGUCUUUAAGCAUGCUGCUACACUACCUCCAGAGUGCCACACUACCUUCAGAUCCUUCUGAUGGAGGAGAGAGAUGGAGAAAGUGGGAUGAACUACUUCAACUUCUUUGGAUGCUGAUGCUCAGUUAUGAAGAGGUUGUGACAGGUCACCUACAAUAUCCCAUCACCGAGCGUUUUAAAAAGACACGCUCUCCAUUGUGGACGCAGAAUGACCAGGUGAAACGGUCAGCGGUGCAGAGGGCGGCAGAGGUCUUCCUGUCUCGUGCAGUCAAAGACAUUGGUCAUGAUCUUUCAAUGGAGAUGAAGGAGUCACUGUCGCAACUACAGGAUCACAUAACUGACACAUCCAGUGUUAUUCAGAUUCAUUGACUUUUUAUAAGUACUGUUUUGAUGUUUUUACCUUUUAAAGACAUAUACUUUUAAAUGACUUAUGUUUGUUCAGCAGACUGUACAACACUCGAUCAGUUAUUUUAGUUUGUGCUAUUUGAUGUCUAUAAAGCAGCUUUGUAUGGCUUUAUGUUCAACAUUUCUAGAAAAAGAUCAACACCUCAAAUCUCUAUCACUACCCAAUAAAACCACAGCAGCACCUUCAAUAAUACACCUAAGAUUGUUUGUCUAAGUUUUAACUGUUCAUUAAUGAGUAGUUAUUAUCAUAUAUAAAUAAUUUUCAUAUUUGUUUAAUAUUUCAAACAAAACAACAGCAAUCAACUUUGGUAACAACCAAA